CACUAGCCCGCGUUCCCGCACUGUCGCUCUGAUCAGGGUGGAGCAGGGAGCCUCCGCCUCGGCGUCAGCGUGCUGCGGGAAGUCGCUGUCUCGGGGAAUGGUGCACGGCGGGUGAAGCCUCUCUCCGGUCGGGGAGACAUGGAGGACUCGGAGAGUGCCGCGGAUGACGGGCUGUUGGGGACCUGGCGAUGGAACCGCAACGCGCGGGAGCAGGUACAGCUGAAGCAGAAGAUCAGAGACCUGCCCGGGUUACUGAAGCACGGCUUGCAUUUGAGAAAGAAGAGCCAGUCACCUGACACCGUCCCUGGACCCAGCGCUGGCGUUCACUCCAUGACCAAGCAGUCCUGCUCUCAGAGCUUUCCCUGUGCAGGUCGCGCACUGAGGAAUGCAUUUCUAUCCCACGGUCCGUAUCCAGCCAAAGACAAGAUCCACUUGGCACGAAUCAUCAGGAGGAGCUAUGUUGGUGUGGAGCUGGUGCAGUGGCUGCUGGAGCAGUGUGUGUUUGUCCAGUGCAGGAUGAUGGCUGCUCGGGUUUGGCAGGUGCUGCUGGAGCUCGGCAUUCUGCACUCUGUGGACCAGCGAGUGGUGUUCGAAGACUCUAACACGUACUACCAGUUCUCGUUCGAAGAGUGUGAAGCUCAGGGCUGCGAGUUUCGCUCGGAGGAGGAGUGGCAGAACGGAGUCAGACUGCUCAUGCAGCUCGUCCCCUACGUCCAGUUCAGGGUGGUCAGUCCUCCUGAAGAGGAUCCCGAAGGAAAACGAGAUAUCUGUGGAGAAAUUCUGCAGAUGAAAGCUUUGGAAAGGCUCACAUCCACCGUACAAAAUGAACUCGCUGCUGCACUGGCGAGGAAAGCCAGGAAAUCAAUGUCUGAGGAUGACAGUUCGGAGACAGGAGAGACUUCCCCACAAGAGCCACAGAAACCAAUUGAAGACAAAGCCAAGGGUGAUGUGUGCGCGCUGAGGUCCCCGGAUGAGUUUUCACGCCUGGAGAUGGUACAGAGGCUGGCAAAGGACGGCUGCCGCUUCCUCCAGAACCAGAACUACAGACUACCUGAACGCUCCACACAGGCGCAGGGUGAGGGAGCGGUUCGGGUGUGUUUGAAGGAGAGGGGUCAGGAUGUGCUGGUGCUCCAGAGAGUGGCGUCUGAUCGAGCAUCGCCUCAAACAGCGGGAGGAGUCAAAGAGGAUGACGGUGACAGGAGGUACGUGGUGGUGUCCGGGACGCCCCAUAAGAUCCUGGAGCACCUGUUGAGUGACCUGAGGCUGGACGAGCACCAGGGGGCGACGGAGGGCAAAGAAGCUGAGAUGCUCCUGGAUGACUUUCUGCUCACUUAUCUGGUCUUCAUGUCCACCAACGAUCUCUGCCAGGCGCUGCUUGGCCAUUAUUGCACUAAGCGCUGCCGUGGCAAGGAGGAAGGAAAGGAGGCCCUCUACAGGAAGAGGAAGGUUCUGCACCUCGUCUCACAGUGGACCUCUCUGUAUAAAGACUUCCUGCGGGAGGAAGAGAACGUCAAACUCUUCAUGAAGACACUGUACCGCUACGUGCUUGAAGACGUCUACGAGUUCCCCACACUGGAAAAGGACCUGAAGGAAUUCCAGAAACUAAUACGCCGCAGACACACUGUGGAUGAUUAUUUACCUCACCAAAAGAACAAAGCUCUUUUCCAGCAGCUGAGUCUGAGGGAGAACGGCGUUCAGCUCCGUGCAGCACAAAGCGACUACCGAGAAGUAAUGUGCCAUGUGUACGUGAGCUCAGACUCCUAUUUGAGUGUGAGAGUGAGGACCACAGUAGUGGCUCAGGAGCUCCUGCAUCUUGUGGCUCAGAGGAUGGAGAAACCUGUAGAGGAUAUGGUGCUGGUGGCCCAGACCUACAGCGGAGAGAAACGCGUCCUUCAGCCUCACGACUGCAUUUUCUCUGAGUCUCUGGCUCUUCCCGGGAGACUGAUGGCCUGCUGGAAAGACCUUAAUGAGAUUCUGCCACCUCUAACAGAGUGUGUGGAAUUGGCUCAGCGGCCAUCGCGUCUUCUCGGCAUCAAUACAUGGGACGUGUCUGUGGUGCUCACUAACCUCGACUGGAGCCUCUUCAACUCCGUACACGAGCAAGAGCUGGUUUAUUACACGUUCAGUCGGCAGGCGAGCAGCGGCCACACGGUGGCGCUGGAGCAGCUCCUGCAGCGCUGUAACGAAGUUCAGCAGUGGGUCAUGUCCGAGGUCCUGCUGUGUCCUUCACUCGGAAAACGAGUCCAGCUGCUCAAGAAGUUCAUCAAGAUCGCUGCGCACUGUAAAGCACAGAGGAAUUUAAACUCCUCCUUUGCCAUCAUUAUGGGCCUAAACACAGCAGCAGUGAGUCGACUUAAUCAGACCUGGGAGAAAGUUCCUGGAAAAUUCAAGAAGCUUUUCUCCGAGCUUGAGUUAUUAACAGACCCGUCUCUAAACCACAAGGCGUACAGAGACGCCUUCAGGAAGAUGAAGCCGCCUAAAAUCCCCUUCAUGCCUCUGCUGCUUAAAGACAUUACUUUCAUUCAUGAGGGAAACAAAACUUUUCAUGAUAAUCUCGUCAACUUUGAGAAGCUGCACAUGAUUGCAGACACUGUCCGUCUCAUUCGCCACUGUCAGACUGAACAAACAGGAAGCGAAGUUGCCCAGAGCGACAGCGUGGACGUGAGAUCCAGCGUGCACUACCUUCACAUUAUUGACAAUCAGCAGACUCUGUUCGAGCUGUCGCACAGACUGGAGCCCAGAGCGUAACACUACAGCGGAACCUAGUGGAUGUUCACUAGAAACGCAGCAGCAUCUUCCUCCACCUGCUCACGCAUGCUUUCUUUCAUCCUUGUGAGCAGAUUCUAACCGUGGGAACACGUCGCAUUCCUCAGCACUGACUGAACGAUCAGUCUCAUUUUGGUGGCGUAAAUAAAUAAAUAAAUAAGUAAAUACCUAUAGGAGUAAGAUUAGGAUCCUGUGGUGUUUAUUACGCUUUUGUUGUCACUGCUGAGUCAGUAUCCACUAGUCGAUAGUCGAUGUGCGGACGAGCUGAAUGAAGAUUUUUGAAGUUGCUACUUUUUUCAAUGUCAUAUAGCACAUCUGUUCUCCUGGAGCUCCACACCGGGUGUAUUUUGCUGUUAUUUUAUCUAUGUGCCAACUAUAUUACAGUCGGGAAAUAAUAUCGGGACAUGACCCAGGCGUUUGGAUCGACACGCAAGGUUUCAGGGACAUGCCUGAGAUCCAGGAUACCGAGUGAAGAAGUGCAAGACAGAGACACUUUACGUCUGGACCAAGAGAUGUCAAAUUCAUGCUUAAUACAGACUUUGUUGUUCUAAAUAUUGUCAGUCGUCGUGAUAUUUGUUUGAAUCUUUUCAACGGAACUGGUUUCACCCCAGCUUCUGUAACGCAGUAUUAUUAUCGGAUACAUGGUUCUUUUUUUCUUCUGUGCAAUGCUUCAGACUCCCGAUGCAGUCGUUAACAGCGUGCAGUGUUUCUCGCUUCACUUGAGCCAUCAGGUUUACCUUCUCUGAUGCCACAUUGGACCGAAUCAAUUUAAGCAGGAGGCUAUUUAUUUAUCUUUUUUUUUUUUUUCAACUUGCAUGUGUGCACAUAAUAGAAUUGCACUUAUUCUAACUUUGUUUGUACAGUAAUGUGUACAGAGGUGUCAUGCAUUCACUUUUUUGAGGGCGCACAAUUCCAUGGCAUUGCCAUCCAAAAUGUAAAUUGUUCACAAUUAUUUAUUUGCAUAGAUUAAAUCAUUACAUAGAUUACAUCUACAGAGAAGUAGAUCCUCUUAUGUCCUCCUCCUCCUCCUGUUAGAGGACAUAUUUCAGUGCUGUAGGCGUCAUUUUAUUUGACAAAUGAAAGACGAGAGGUGUUUAAGUCAAACCAGGAGAGCCUUCUUCUUCUUUAAGUCAUUCACCAGAAAUUUUCUCAAAAGUCCUGGUUUGACAUGAACGCCCCUUGUAACUUAAAGGCAAUGAAGAAACAAGCUAACGUUAACACUAAUAUAGUGACUCAUGAGUUAAUCACUGAUGCAGGAGACACUUUACAAAGAGAGACUCUGUAGCUAUUAGUAAUGUACACAUUUAUUAAAGUCAUACUGUUGUCAGGUCGUGAGCUGAGAUCGGUUCUUCGUACCUCACACUGCAGUUAACACGACCGCAGGUGUGUAUCAGCUCAUAAUAACGCUGCAUCUACAGCCGCGCUGGUGAGCGGUCUACUCCUACAGCCGAAACUACACAGUGUUCUCUAUGUAGAAUGAACCAAAUACACUAAACAGAGAGGGGUUGAAGUAUAAGCAUACAUAAAAGCACAUUCGGCUAUAAAAUUGUAUAAGUGAAGCUAAUUUAAUCACUACGAUAAAUAGAAUCUAAGAGUUUCUACUGCCAUCUAAUCUGAAAAAUUUAAGGAGGCACAUUCGCCUUUAACUUGAACCGGCACGACGCCUCUGAAUGUGUAAUAUUGUAUAUACGUUUGUAAAUGUACAAGUUUAUUGUGAGGCAUCUGCAAACAUAUUCAUAUUUCUGUGCCAAAUAUUAUUAUGGGAGAGUUCUUUAAUAUUUAACAUCAAGGUCGUGAACUUUAGCCUUAUGUGCAGCUAUUAGAUUUAUCAAAAAAUAAAUAAAGGCCCAGGUGUUCUUUUAUCCAUGGGUGUAUAAAAUUCCUUUUUACUAUAUGGAGAGUACGGAUUUGUCACAGUUUUAAGUUUUAAUGCCAUCCACUGGCUGGACUCACAAAGGGAUCAUUUAUAAUAUUUAAAUUUAACACGGGCACUCUUUUAAAGGGGGGUUUAAAAAUAACAGAAAUUAUAUAGCCGUGAAUCCUUUGCAGUAUUUUUGGCUCGAUUAAAUAAACACUGCACAUUUCUUACUGACAUUUUUACGGCAUUAGAGGACUGAGGCAUUGUUAUUAUAAUUAUUUAUUAUUUUAUUUUUGUUAUUUAUGUUUGACGAAGGAUGAUAACAGUGCAGAAUAUCAUUUGUACAAAUCACCAGUUUAUACACACACACACACACACACACAUACACACACACACACACACACACACACACACACAUGCAUAUAUCUAUACUGUAAUAUUUUAAUAUGCUAAACUGUAUGUUUUCUGCAGUAACCUGGUCAAAAGAGGUGAUUUGACUCAAGCAUUGGGGGGGGGAGGGGGGGUGUUGUUGUUUUAGGAGGCUUGUUGUAUUUUGUUGCUGUUUAUUUUUUUCCCACACCAUGUCAGCUGGUUUGCAUGUGGUCAACACACCAACACAUGAAGAUAAAAAAAAAAAAAACAAUCGUAAAUAGAAUAAAUAUGCUCUGUAUUAUUUAGGUAUCAAAACACAAAGCAAUAUGGUUACCUUUUGUGCGUUUUUCCUCCGUUGCUAUAGAAACCACAUACAACUUUUCUAUAAUAUGCAUUUUUACAGCAAAUAAGUAAAUAAACCAUUUAUGUAAUAUUA